UCUUAUUGGAGUUGAAAAGACUACUUUUGGAAAAAUAUUAUCACAAUAUCUUGAAGCCCGAGGUUUUAUAGUAUUCUAUCCUAAAGAGGCUUUGAUCAAAGUUUCUAAAGAAUUUGAAUUAGUAUAUGAAACUAGAGAAAUAUUUUUUCUUCAAAAUAAAAUAAUUAAGUUAACUACAAAAUAUAAAGAAGAUGGUUUUGAACUUGAAUUGUUAAAACUAAUUCGAGAAAAUCAAAUUGAAUAUUUUACAACUCAUACAGAUUAUAAGAUCGAUAAUACUUUUAUUUCUAUUGACGAUAGUUAUAUUGAUUUAUUUGAUCGAAUAGUGAUUGACAUGAAAGUAUUCACUGAAGUAAAUAUUCAUGAUAAAACAAAACAAAAAUAUCUUAAAGAAAGAGUAAAAAAAUCGAAAAAAUUAAAGCAGAUUAUGAGAUUUUUGUUAAUACAAAAGCAACAACUUGCUUUAAUUGAUAACGAAGUAGAAAUC